AUGGAAAAGGAGAAUAAGCAGAAGGAGAUUAAGGAAAAGAAGGGGGAGGAGGAGGAGGAGAAGAAAAAGACAACGAACAAGAAGAAGUGGACGAUGACGAAGGAGGAGGGGGAGGGGAAGGGGAAGAAUUGGAACAAGAGGAACAAGAAGAAGACGAGAAGGAGGAGAAUGAUGAAGAGGAAUAGGAAUAGGAAGAGAAAGAUGAAGUGGAAGUGGAAGAAGAGGAAGGGAGGAACGAGGAGGAGGAGAAUAGAUUCAAUAUUUAUAACAAUACAGAAUUAUUCAAAACAUUUUUGA